UGCCUCUCCAUCGCCGUUGCCGCUCUUCAAUCCGCACCCCUUGAUCGACAUGGCUCCCCAGCAAAAGAAGAUCCUGCUUCUCGGAUCGGGCUUUGUUGCCCCUCCUUGCCUCGAGUACCUCCUUCGACGCCCCGAGAACGUCGUCACCAUUGCCAGCCGCACCAUCGCCAACUCCACCGCUUUGGCUGCUGGCCGUCCCAACGCCGUCCCCAUCACCCUCGAUGUCAAUAACGACGAGGCUCUUUCGAACGAGAUCGCCAAGCAUGACCUUGUCAUCAGUCUGAUUCCCUACACCCACCACGCCCGCGUCAUCAAGGCUGCCGUCCAGCACAAGAAGCACGUCGUCACCACCAGCUACAUCUCGCCUGCCAUGAUGGAGUACGACCAAGCCGCCAAGGACGCUGGAAUCACCGUCUUCAACGAGAUCGGCGUUGAUCCCGGUAUCGAUCAUCUGUACGCCAUCAAGACGAUCGACGAAGUCCAUGCUGCUGGUGGAAAGAUUGUCUCCUUCCUGUCGUACUGCGGUGGCCUCCCCGCCCCCGAGUGCUCCAACAACCCUCUUGGGUACAAGUUCAGCUGGAGCUCGCGCGGCGUCCUUCUUGCCCUGCGCAACAAUGCCAAGUAUAUCGAUGGUGGCAAGGUCGUCGAAAUCCCUGGCCCCGAGCUGAUGGACAGCGCCAAGCCCAUCUACAUUUACCCCGCCUUUGCCUUUGAGGGAUACCCCAACCGCGACUCGACGCCUUAUGAUGUUCGCUACUGCAUCCCCGAGGCUCAGACCGUGCUCCGUGGUACUCUCCGCUACCAGGGCUUCCCCAAGUUCAUCAAGGCCCUUGUUGCCCUCGGCUUCCUUGACGACACCGAGAAGGCUUACCUGCACUCUUCGGCUGCUCCUCUUCCCUGGAAAACCGUCUUUGCUCGUGCCAUCUCCAGCGACAGCGAAGUCGAAACUGACCUGAUCCAGGCCAUUCGCGCCAAGGCCCGGCUCCAGGGUGAAGAGGCCGAGCGCAUCAUUCACGGUAUCAAGUGGCUUGGCUUGCUCUCCAGCACCCCCGUUACCCCCCGCGGUAACCUUCUCGACACCCUCUGCGCAACUCUCGAGCAGAAGAUGCAGUACGAGGAAGGCGAGCGCGACAUGGUCAUGCUCCAGCACAAGUUCGGCGUCGAGCUCGCCGACGGCACCAAGCAGACCCGCACCUCGACCGGCCUUUGGUUUGGUGUCCCUGGCGGUGCCACCGCCAUGGCCACUACCGUCGGCGUUCCCUGUGCCAUCACCACCCAGCUCAUCCUGGACGGCAAGAUCACCCGCAAGGGUGUCGUCGCCCCUCUGGAUGGCGAAGUUGUCUAUCCCUUGAUCGAGGCUCUGGAGGCCGAGGGCAUCCGCAUGGUCGAGGAGAUCUUGUAAAGAUCGGCGGGUGUUGCUUCCGCUUUGUGUGCGCUUCGUCACCGGAAACCCUGGCGCCGAGCAUUCGCAUCAUCAAUACAUGUCAUUCUGUUGGCGAGAGACAA